AUGGGUCCGACCAGUGAGUUCCGCGCAGUCCCAGGCUCUCCGCGCUGUCGGUACUUUUCAUCCGCUGACCUCUUGCUAGACCCUCCUCAAGCUACCAUGGGAACUCCCAUGAAUCAGACAUCCAUGUCCCGACUUGUCUCCGUCAACUCGAUUGACGACUUCUGCGUCUUUGCUCCUCCCGAGCCAAACUCUGUGAUCGGAGAGACCGAGGCGGAGGAAGUCGCUUGGUGUAUUCAACAGCGAAACGACGCCCGAGUCAUUCCCGACGGAACCUUCCAGGCUAUCCACUUUGUCAAGAGUCCUCUUUACGUCCAGGUCAUGGGAUGGGGUGACUUUACCCGAAUCAACAUUCAGUACGGUGACGAGGGUGGUGAACUCGACCCUCACGGAGCCACUGGUCUCGGAAACCCCGUCGGAGGAAACGUCACUUCCAACAUCACUGGACAGGACGUUCACUACGAGGAAUGGAUGAACUACAUGGCUUACAACCAAUUCUGUAUCCGUAUCUGUACCGCCGAGAACUCGACCUACUCUGCCGCCCUCGAGUGCCAACACACUCUCGAUGAGAUGGGCUGUGAAUGGGUCAUGCCAGGAGACUACACCAACAACUCGUUCACCUCUUGUGAUGCCGACGCCGCUUACCCUCCCGGUCUCUACCCCCUUGCGAACGGAUCUACCUCGACCUUCGCUCAACGAUACACUGGUACCUACACCAACGGAGCUGGAAGCGUUGGCACCUUUACCGUUGGAGAAACUGUUACUCCCCAGACUCCUUACUCUACUCCUGCCAGUUCCAACUGUGUGACCUACUCCACCAUUGGAAACGGCAUUGCCAACGUUGCCAUUGCCACCGAGGCCUCGAACUCAACCUCUGCCAGCAGCACCAUGACCAGCGGAACGGCCAGCUCUGCCUCCAUGACCUCUACUUCCUCAGCUUCUGGCAAGUCGAUGUCGAGCGGUAGUGGAAGCGCAUCCGGAUCCGCUAAAGCCAGUGGCGCUUCUUCCUCUACCACCUCUGGAGCUGCCAUGACCCGAUACGCCGGAAUCAACCAAGGCCCCGCCGUCGCCGGAGCCUGCUCUGUCGUCGCAUUGGUCCUCGGUGCCGCUGCUCUUCUUCUCUAAAUGGACAGUGCAGUCUGCGCAACAAUAUCUCUUCAUCUCUGAUACGAUACACGAGUACAUGGUUGACGACCUCUACCACUUACAUAUACGCUGUCACGUCCAGGCAUCACGCUCGUUUUAGAAAAUCUUCGUUUUUCAUUCCUCCAUUUUCCGUCUCAUGUGCAUCACAUCAACAUACCUUUAAUCAUGCUUUAUGAUGUGUCUUGUGGACAGGAUAGUCACAGCUGUCCCGUGUAGCGUGUCAUGCAUCGUGAAUGGACAUUCCCUCCUGUUGUAUCUCGGAGCUUCGGCUGGAAUCCUGAAUGAAGAUUUACGUAAAAAAAAGAUGCUGUGCCGGGAAGAUCAGUUCGG